GAGGAGGAGGCGCCCGGAGGGGGAGGAGGGAGCGGCCGGGCAGGAGGAGGCUGAGCCCGGACACUUCUCACACACGGAAUAAGGAAGCGCCGACAGCCCGGGGUCCCCCCGCCGAGGACCGGAGCCCAUCACCUGGAGCCCGGACAGUGAAGGGUGCACCAUGGCUCCAUUCCUACGGAUUGCCUUUAACUCAUUUGAGUUGGGACCUAUGCCAGGACAGACUGAACAAUGCCAGCCAUUCUGUGCCGUGAAGGUGAAGGAAUCCCUCACUACAGAGAGAGGAAAGACACUUGUCCAGAAGAAACCAACAAUGUAUCCAGACUGGAAGUCCCCAUUUGACGCUCAUAUCUACGAGGGUCGGGUCAUUCAGAUAGUGUUGAUGAAGGCGGCCGAGGACCCCCUCUCCGAGGCUACGGUUGGGGUGUCGGUCCUCGCUGAGCGCUGCAAGAAGGGAAAUGGAAAGUCAGAGUUCUGGUUGGAUCUGCAGCCCCAGGCCAAAGUGCUCAUGUCUGUGCAGUACUUCCUCGAGGACACAGAUUGCAAGCAGUCCAUGGGCGAGGAUGAAGGUCUCGUAACCAUCAACAGGAGGAGGGGAGCCAUCAAACAGGCCAAAAUACACUACAUAAAGAACCAUGAAUUCAUCGCCACCUUCUUCGGCCAGCCAACCUUUUGCUCCGUCUGUAAGGAAUUUGUGUGGGGCUUGAACAAACAAGGAUACAAGUGCAGACAAUGUAAUGCCGCCAUACAUAAAAAAUGCAUCGACAAGAUCAUUGGCAGGUGUACGGGCACUGCUGCCAACAGCCGCGACACAAUGUUCCAAAGGGAAAGGUUUAACAUCGACAUGCCUCACCGCUUUAGAGUUUACAAUUACAAGAGCCCUACUUUCUGCGAUCACUGCGGCAGCUUACUAUGGGGAUUGGUGAAGCAAGGGUUAAAAUGCGAAGAGUGUGGCAUGAACGUUCAUCACAAGUGUCAAAAUAAAGUGGCUAAUCUCUGUGGCAUCAACCAAAAACUUCUAGCGGAAGCUUUGAACCAAGUCAGCGUGAAAUCCAACAGCAGGAAAUCAGAUUCUGGCUUAGAAAACACUGCCAUAUACCAGGGUGUAGUUCCAAAAACUCCAAGUGCUCCUGGACUGGAUACAACAGCAGACAACCAGUAUGACAGGCUCUGGGAGGGGACCAGUCCUCAGCCGCCGGUCAGGAUCUCCAGUAUCAGAAACCGCGUCACUGUGGAGAAAUUCAUUUUUCACAAGGUUCUCGGGAAAGGCAGCUUUGGCAAGGUGCUGUUAGCCGAGCUGAAAGGAAAAAAUGAGUUCUUUGCAAUAAAGGCCUUAAAAAAGGAUGUGGUUCUGAUCGACGAUGACGUGGAGUGCACCAUGGUGGAGAAACGGGUGCUUGCGCUGGCCUGGGAAAAUCCCUUUCUCACCCAUAUCUACUGCAGCUUCCAGACCAAGGAACAUCUCUUUUUCGUCAUGGAGUUUCUGAAUGGAGGAGACCUGAUGUUUCACAUACAAGACAAGGGUCGAUUUGAUCUUUACAGGGCUACGUUCUAUGGAGCUGAAAUAAUAUGUGGAUUACAAUUCCUCCACUCCAAGGGCAUUAUAUAUAGGGACCUGAAGUUGGACAACGUCAUGUUGGACAAGGAUGGUCACAUUAAGAUUGCAGACUUUGGAAUGUGUAAAGAAAGUGUGUUUGGUGAUAAUAAAGCCAGCACGUUCUGUGGGACGCCGGACUAUAUCGCUCCUGAGAUACUGAAUGGGCAUAAGUACACAUUCUCGGUAGACUGGUGGUCCUUUGGCGUCCUGCUCUAUGAGAUGCUGAUAGGGCAGUCGCCCUUCCAUGGGGAUGAUGAGGAUGAACUGUUUGAGUCAAUUCGAGUAGACAGUCCCCACUAUCCACGCUGGAUCACAAAAGAAUCCAAAGACAUCCUAGAAAAGCUGUUUGAGAGAGAUCCCACAAAAAGGCUUGGCGUGAUCGGGAAUAUAAAGUUGCAUCCUUUCUUUAAGACCAUCAACUGGACAGCUUUGGAAAAGAAAGAGGUGGAACCUCCUUUCAAGCCUAAAGUGAAAUCUCCCAAUGACCAUAGCAACUUUGACCGGGAGUUCCUCAGCGAGAAGCCUCGACUGUCCUACAGCGAUAAAAACCUCAUCGAUUCAAUGGACCAAGCAGCAUUCCGUGGCUUUUCUUUCAUCAAUCCCAAAAUGGAUCGAAUGCUUGACAAAUGACAAUAGCACCACUCCUCCUUACCUCUGAACUGUAGGCAUAGAGUUACACUAAGGGAACAACAUAAUCCCUGUACUGUGGAACAGACCGGCCUGGGCGCUUCUUCUUUGUUUUUAAUAUACAGAUCACUCCGGCUGUCGAUGAUGGGGGUUGCUGUUUUAUUGUUUCAUGCCAUCUGUUUCCUGUACUUGAAUGUAGUUUAUAUGUUCAAAUAUAUUAUUAUUGAAUUAUGCUGUAUAUACUGCUAGUGGGGUAAAAAUGGUGUAGACAGGCAGAAGGGUGAUGACAAUGAAGGGACUUGGAUGAACAUAUUUUUUACAGUCCACUCCAGCUUUGUUCAAAAAAUAAAUGGUUAUCUUCUA